CGUCAAUUCGCUUCUAGGAGUCGUAAAAUCGGAAAAAUAAACCGGGGCCGGUCGGCCGGCUGUACGAUCGGGCAUACACUGCCAUGCCUAACAUACACAUUGCGCACGCACGCGGAUCGGAGACCCCUCAAAAUGGCCGAUUUUUGCCAGGCAGCAACCAAAAUUCGGUCCGCGAAUUCACACCAGGGCCUCUCUGUCAGAGUCUCUAACCACCACUAACGCCAAGCUCGACAAUCAUAGAAUGUCCUGGGUGCGAAAACAAUAAAGCAGAACGUGAAAAAAGUGCAAAACGGCGGCGUUUUUCGAUGGGUAUGUGGAGAGCGCGAAGCCGUAAGGGGAUCUCUCCAGUCGGCUGGUCCGCUGCAAAAUGACUGUUGACCGCGGCCGGGAACCUAUGAGCGGACGGCCUGCACGCAUGCGCUCUGGGGUCUGUGGAACACGUCUUGUGUUUUUCUGUGCAUAAUGAAUGCGUGCAGAAAAAGUAUGGCGGCCGUGCUGUGGAGGCCUUGCGUAGCUGGUACACCUGUCGUAUCGUAAUGUACAAUGUCACUAACAUGGUUGGUGUGUUGGAAGCCAUAACAUGCCUGGAAAACAUCCAGAUCACCAAAGAGGCUCUUGAGGAGACACGUCUUGGCAAGAUUGUGAACGACAUCCGCAAGAACACACAAGACAAUGCGCUUUCGUUGAGAUGUAAGAAGCUGGUCCGCGUCUGGAGCAAGCAGUUUGUUAGAGGAACACCUAGCUCUGCUAAGGCGGCCGGCAGCAGUACUCAGGAUGCCACCGCUAACAGGCAACCCACCCCACCUACUCCAGGGACUGCCUCCACUCUGUCAAGCGGAGGUAACAGAACUCCAUCCCUCAAAACCCAGACGUCCGCCACCCCGACCUCAACGGUGGACAAAAAGAAGUCGGAGAACCGCAAACGGAGGAAGCUGACCCCGUCACCGAGCACAGCUACGUCAACAGGGUCCGCACCAACAUCUGCCAAGAAACCACGACCAUCAGUGAGCACACCCACCUCCAAUGCAACCAAAGAUCAGACCACUCCAGAGACCAAAAAUGGCAUGCCUACCCAACUGGAAGCCGGCAGGUCCACUCUGCAGAGCUCCAAGUCGGCUUUUUCCAAGGUGAAACAAUCGGAGCCCAAGGCACCAUCCAGAACCAGCUCCCCCGCUUUAAAAGCGAAGUCUCAGUCCUCACCGAGUUUGAGCAAAUUGAAUGCAAAUACUAGCAAGGGGCUUUCUAAGUCACCUUUGCUCACCAAACAAGGGUCUAGCCCCGCCAUCAACCGUGGUAGCAAACUCUCACCCGCUGUCGUCGCAACUGCUAAAGCAGGUCGUUCCUCACCAUCUGUUAAGGCAAAACAGCCAAGUAGUUCCAACAGCACAGACUCCAACCGUCUUGACGUGGCUGAUGCCACGUUGCAUGUCGGGGAAGAGGCUGAAGACACCUCACAAAAAGACUUUGUCGUCUCCAGCCAGCAGCAUGUCAAAUCCCCAAGUGUACAGAAAUGCCUUCAGGACUCCAAUUCCAGUUCAGCAACUGUUAAAUUACGGUCACCUGCAGCUGCUGUCGAAGAGAAAUGCACGACUCCAACAUGUAGUGCCCCAGUCAUCAGUUACAACCGUACCCAGCUUGCAUCACCAUCCCCUGACCAAGCUUUGCAGGAACCAGACAGCUCCAAAGUCUCUUUCUCAAUUUUUGAUGACGACUACGAUGACGAUAUUCUUAGUGGUACGAAACACAGCAAACCGACCGUGGAUUUGGAAGAAGUACCUACACCGACAAGUCAUGAACUGAUACUAGCGGAUACAGGGAAGCCUCUUGAACCAAGUCCUGUUGACACUUCCCAAGUAGACUUGGAUUUGGAGGUUGACACCCCAGACAAGGGAACGCCAGAAGCAUCACCCCCUCAAGAUGUCGCUCUAAGUGAUAUUGAGGAGGAACCAGUCCCCGCCAAACCUGUCACGGCCGAAGACUUGACCAGGAUCCAUGAGCAGGAGUGGGAUGGUGUAAAUGGUUGCUUUAACGACCGGUCAGAGUGGUUUGAUUGGACGCAGUGUCUCUCGGUUACUGUACAAGAAGACAAUGCCUUGCAUAUAUUACCGUACAUUUGCCUGGACUGAUUCCUGGCGCUGCGUUCACUUGUACUCGUAUAGAAAUUUAUAAAAUUAAAAAAACUACAAGUCAGAGCUGUGUUUUUUUUCUCUAAAUUGCUCACAUGGUGGGCAAUAAGCAUUAUUUUGUUCCAAGUUAAUCAAUCCAGUAACAAGGUGUUAUUAGCUUUGCAAUAAGGGGCCAUUUUGUGUGUUUUAUUUUUUCCUUUGCCCCAGAUAUUUUCUGAUGUUUUUGCAUCAACAGAAGAAAGCUGAUGAAAAGAAAAU